AUGUUACCAUCUCAAUCACAAACUUUCUCAUCUACUUUGCUUCAAUCAUCUUCUCCCUUUUUCAACAAUUCACUUUAUAAUUCAUCAAAUGCAAUGUCUGAUUCUCAUCAUUCAUCUAUGUUAUCUCCGAGUCCUUCGGAGUAUAACAGCCGUAUGAAUAUGAACGACUUGAGAAUGAGACAGUCAACUUUUCCUCAUCGACAACCUAUUGCGAAUCCUCACGAACGUUUUUUAAAACGAACUAUGGAAAAUUGUCCAGCAAAUUUAACUGGACGUAAAAGAACAAACUGGUUGAAAGCAGGUCGAAAGGCUCAAAACAAUCAACAAUUAUUGUCUACUCUUGAUCCUUUUCAUUGGCCUACAUACAACUAUGAGUCACCUAUUUUCAUUCAUCGUCGAACAUCUGAAUCUCAUCUUUAUGGUAUAAUCCACAAAAUUUCCAAUGUUCAUUUAUAUACCAUUGAUACUGAAGCAGAUAGACCUACUCGACGAUAUCCUCAUUCUCUACCAGCAUUGAUUCAGAUACAGGCAAUACAUGAUGAAAACUAUUCUACAGUUAUCAUCAUUGAAGUCCAACAUCUCCCACCUACUUCUUCUUCUUUAUUUCAUUCGAUACAACAAUUAUGCCAAGUGAUAUUUUCUUCAAGUAAUAAGUUAAUGGCUUGGGGAGAUGUUAAAAAAGAAUUAGGUCCUUUUGAAGAUUUCAAUCUUUUCGAUUUAUCUCAAGUUACUAAUACAUUAGAUCUUCAAAAGUAUUUUACUAAACUGUGGAAUCAAAUGCAUCCACAUACAUCGGAUUGUUUAGCUCGUCAUCAACCAGUGGUUGAUGAAUGUAUUUCCGAAGAUGUCUUAGUUUGUUUAGUCAAUUCCGAUGAUAUUAAUGAUGAGUUCAAUCCAAAUGAUCCUGCAGAGGAUUAUAAUACAUGUAUCUGUCCUACCGAAAUUCGUCCUUACAAAGCAACAAAUGCUGUAUGGUCACUUCAAAAAGCAGUUGAAUUCAUUUUCCAUCAAGCUUUAGAUAAAACGUUAACUUUAAAUAUCUGGUCCUGUGGACUAGACUUCCACCUUCAUACGUGGCAAACACAUACCGAUAAACGUACUCGACAAUCUUUAAUUGCUUACGCAAUGAAUGAUUUGUUCGCACCAACCAAUUUAUAUUUUCAUCUCAACAAAACUUCAUCAUUAUCUUCAAAUCCAACAAAUCCUAUU